AUCAGUUUAUCAUCUAUAGUCUAUUCAGCUUAUUCAAAAGUCAAAACGACAAUGUCGAAUGGUUUGCGAAAAAUUUUCGGUCGGCACCGGCUCCCCUUUGCCUCGACCGUUCUCACGAAUUAUUUGCGACAAACUAACGAACCACCGUGGACAUCAUUUUUUGUUAAAUACACUUCGGUUGUCGACGACCAACGAGGCUGGUCGCACUUCAAUUGGAAAACUGGUGACUCCAACUAUCACGUUUUACGUUCCGGCUGUUUCCCGUACAUAAAGUACCAUUGCACCAAAAGGCCGUACCAAGAUCUGCGAGUAGACGACAGAUUGUUUAGAAUUUUAAAAAUUAUCAACUUGGGUAUACCAUUGCUUUUGUAUGGUUUAUCUGCUGUUUUUAUGAUUUCAUAUAAAGAAAUAGUGAAGACACCUAAAGGAGAUGUUUAUAUUUAUUUUCUUUUAAAAGAAGACAAAGGUUCAACACAUUAAAAUAUUUUCAAAAUUAAAUAUAGGAGUAGUAUGUUUUAGAUGAA